AUGCGUAGCAACCACCGACCCACACUCCACCACGAAUUUGUGGGCGAUCCCGAACUUCGGCAGAGAUAUUGGGCCCGUAAUUUUGUGGCCUGGACGGAUUUUAAGGACAGUAAAAUCAAUACUACACACCAGUUCCUCUCGUGGCUGGAGAAUCAGGUAGUUGAGCGUGCUGCGUGUGCUCAGUCACAAAACGGGGAUGUCAGUCUGCUCAACGUAGACUACUCGACGUUCCAAUCGCCCGAGUGCACGAAUGCACAUUGCUAUGACAAUACUGGCGCACCCGGGCUACUCAAACCAGACUUGGUAUUCUUUGGCGGAAACGUUCCAAAAGAACGUGUCGAUUUUACAUACGCACGUAUAGAGGAAGCGGAUGGAUUGCUGAUACUAGGGUCGUCUAUGAAGGUAUAUUCUGGAUGGAGGUUCGCCAAGCAUGCGGCCGAGAAGGGUAUACCAGUAGCCAUAGUCAACAUCGGCGAGACCAGAGCAGAUGAUAUCGCCACGUUGAAGAUUGAGGCGAGACUCGGAGACAUCAUUGGACAGGUUUGGCAUAGACUGGCCAGGAAGCGGAAUCUGCGGGAAUAUGUCUCCGAUCGAUAGCAAUAGAUUUGCAAACUUGCGGUCCAAAUUCCUUUCCUGAUUAUUUCGGAAUUCUGACUGAUAGUCACCAACCUGACAACACAACACGGGGUAUAACCCCCACAAAAAUAGUAGUAAAUAGUACACGCCUCAGCCGACCAACAUACAUAUAAGCACUCGCACACUUAGACCCUGCGACUAUCCGAACAACCCCAGUACUGAUACAUUUCGUGGACACGGAGAGCUAUCUGUCGCUCUGGACACCACAGCGCAGACUGUGAAGCGCUCGUAUGUACACCGGGUGCAUAUGGAUUACGCUAUAAGAGGACUUUCAAAAGAGGUGAUAGGAAUAUUUUAAGGGUUUUUGGGUUGUGCGGAUGUUGUAGAUGCUGCAGCGGCAUGGAACAAAAGACCUCGGAAGCUCGUAGCUGAUAUCCACCAAAGACACUAAUUAGAUCGCGAACAGACCCAUUUUCAUCCUAAUGUACGUCGGUUACUCAGCUGAACACUGUGACUGGUGCUGAGAUAUGCACUCUACUGGAAACGACCACAGCAACCUACAACACAACUAACUCUCUCACAAACAUAAGAGAACGCAAUGUACGAAAAAUUAGGCCGUGCAAGCGACAUGGUCACGUUUAAUUGACAUAGAAACAAAUAAAAGCCAAACCUUCGGAAGGUAUUUAAUUUCCCGCAACUAC